UAUACAUUGCCUCUUUUCUUUUUUUCUUUUAUUAACUGACAGUUCAUGAUUAGAACAAACUUUGCCAAAGUCACUUCCGUGACCUCUUCCAUAAAGCAGAGACUAUUACAUACACAGGGCAUAGAGCCAAGUGUUUUGGUCAAAAGAGAUGCAUCGGCUCGACAUCUUAUUCUAAAUCGUCCUCGCAAAUUGAAUGCGAUCGAUUUAGAAAUGGUCAAUAUCAUCUAUCCACAUUUGAAAGCGUGGGAACUAUCCGAUCCGCACGCCAAAGUAAUUUUUAUGAAAGGCGUAGGAAGAGCGCUUUGUGCAGGCGGUGACGUCAAAGAUGUAGCUCUUAAAAUAAAGGAUCCAAAUAAGCAUGAAGAAUUGGCUUUUCAAGUUGACUCAGAGUAUGAAAUGAUUCACUUUAUAUCAACAAUGAAGAAGCCUUAUAUUGCUGUCAUGGAUGGAAUUACAAUGGGCGCUGGAGCUGGUUUGCUAUCUGCCUUUGCUCCUUUCAGAAUUGCUACUGAGAAUACACAAUUCGCUAUGCCUGAGACUGCUAUAGGAUUAUUUUGUGAUGUAGGCGCAAGCUUCUUCUUGUCUCGCUUGGACGGGCAUAUCGGUCCUUUUAUGGGAAUGACAAGUAGAAUCCUGAAAGCUGAGGAUGCUCUAUUUGCUGGCGUUGCAACACACUUUGUACCUUCUGCUAAUUUGGAGGCUUUAGAAUACGAACUAGCUACUACUGACUGCAUAGAUUAUAAUAAAGUUCAUGAAACUAUUGAAAAGUUUGCUGUAAAAAAGGGUCAUAAACCCUCCGUUUAUACGCUUCAUGGUCAAGUACGAAAGACCAUCGAUAGAUGCUUUCAAUAUGAGCAUGCCGAAGAGAUUCUUGAUGCCUUAAACAAGGAUGGCUCUCGAUUUGCUCAUGAGGCAAUUCACACGAUUCGUAAGCGUUCGCCUACUGGUGUAAAAGUAACCCUAGAGCACAUUCGCAAAGGUGCACACUUAUCUUUAAAAGAAUGUCUUCAAAUGGAGCAUGUCCUGUGGCAGACAGUGCCGUUUGCCCAUGACUUUGUGGAAGGAGUCACAUCUCACAUCAUACAUAAGCAAGCACCUAAAUGGAAUCCCAGUAAAUUAGAAGACCUUGAUCUUGAUGAAGACAUUCGUGUGAGAUUUUUCCAUGCUAAUGUUGCAAGAAGACUGAACUUUAUGAAUACGCAAGAUUGUUAUCGUUUGCCCUAUGAGAAAUACGCUUUACCUUCUGAAAAGGAAAUAUUUGAAGUACGUUCAAAACACAACUUAUCAACCGUUAGAGAUACCGUAGCCUGGUUUGAAGAAGAUCGUAAAGAUAAAUACGGUGUCCGUGAAAAGGUCGAGGAUGUCCUUAAUAGAUAUGAAAUGUAGACGGCAUGCUAUAAAUAUGUCAACUGAUUAGAUAGAAUAAAACACUACAAUACUCCCCUUGUUGACUUUAACUGAUUG